UGUGGUCAUAUAUACAGAGUUCAUCAUCUCAAACAAAUUCAUACACUGUACAGACAGAUCCCCCAAAUCAUAACAACAGGGUUGAUCUUGACUAGCUACAUCAAGGACUAAAAACUACCUGUGCCUUGUCUGCAUGAGGAUUUUACAUCAAGAAGCUAUCUUGACGUAAAAGCACAGCUCUUUUUGCAGUGAAGCCAUAGUGUUCCUGUCAUCUGUCUCUCUUUUUAUAAGGCCUCAUGUACUUCUCAGGUACAGCAUGGAGAGCAGCAGGCAUCCCACACUGCCUCAGUGUUCCUCAGACCUGACCUGAGGGCUCCACUCCAAAGAGGCAAGAGUAUAGUUUUGUCUCCAGGGCUGUUGAAUUUUUGAUACGCUGUGCAGAGACCGGUGAUGUAGCCAUCUCCACCAGGAACUGGGCUGGGGCCACCAAACAUAAGACACUAAACAGCUGGCAGAGGGUCAGGCACUGUCAAUCUGGGCCAGAUUCAAACCUAUCAAGUGGAGGUAGAAAUCUCCAUAUUAAAUUACUUAGCAUGUGUUGGAAAGCUUAAAGAACUAAAUAGAACAAAGGCCUAUGUCAGCUCUUCGCUUAUCAGUUCGCUUGGCUUCCUAAAUGGAUGUAGUUGCUUUCCCAUAUUUGUUUCCAAAGUAUGUAGUACAAAAGGUCAAUAGAUGUAUCUUGUUUCUUCUUUAAGAUAACAAAUGUAUCCUCAGCAGCUGUACCCUUCAGGAUGACAAAUGUAUCCCCAACAGCUGUAUGUAUCUUGUUUCCCCUCAAAGUGAUAUAUGUAUCCUGUGUACUCCAUUAUUCCCUAUAGAUACCUUUACAGGUUCUAUAGGUCAGCCAAAUGUCGUAAAAGGACGUAGGCGAAGUUGUUUGUUACUGGUUAUAAAAAUGGGCCUGUUUGGCCGUGUAAGGUGUGUCUCUCUUCUGGCACUAGCCGAUGAGAGCACCCGCUCAGCUGACCGAUCAAUAAAGGGAGUGGUACCCGUCUUCCUGUCUUCCGUGCCUCCUUGGUGUAAUUAGAAUGUUACAGAGGGGUCUCUUGAAAAGUUUACCACUAAGGGUGGCAACAGUACCAGUGUCUGCCAUGCCGCAUACCACAGAUUACCCAAUCAACCUGACUGACUACGAGUACCAAUACUUAGAGGAGGAGGAUUACAUCCAGUUUUUGCUUUGCACAAAGGAAAAUGUCAAGGCGUUUGGCAAGGUGUUCCUGCCAGUGCUCUAUACAAUAGUGUUUCUGCUUGGAUUGGCUGGGAACUGUCUACUCUUUGCCAUCUUGAUCAAAUAUACCAAGAACAAGAAGAUGACCGAGGUGUAUCUGCUGAAUCUGACAGUUUCAGAUCUUCUUUUCGUGGUAACCCUUCCCUUCUGGGCCACAUAUGCAGCGUCUCAGUGGGUGUUUGGGAAUGCCUUCUGCAAGAUCAUAAGUGUCAUCUACACCACCAACUUCUACAGUGGCAUCUUCUUCGUCAGCUGCAUGAGUCUGGACAAAUACCUGGAGAUUGUUCAUGCUUGGUCCAAUAAAAACUUAAGGGCCCCAAGAAAGAGCUUCCUUAUCUCUUCAGUGGUGUGGGUUAUUUCCAUAGUGCUGUCUAUUCCUGACUUUAUCUUCAUGCAGGUGCAGGAUCUCCACAACGGGAGACGAGUUUGCCACCUCGACUAUGGCCUGCACAACUCCAUCUGGCAGCUUCUCUUUCAAUUCCAGCAGAUCUUGCUAGGCUUCUUCCUUCCAUUCCUUUGUAUGGUGUUCUUCUACUCCCGCGUAGCUUGUGUCCUCACUGCAUUAAUGUCUCCUGGCAAGAAGAGGGCUCUCCGCCUGGUCGUUAUUUUGGUGGUGGUUUUCUUUGUGCUGUGGUUCCCAUACAACAUUACCCUCUUUCUGCAUUUGUUGCAAAAGCUCCAUGUGAUUAAGGGUUGUGAAGCUAGCAAGCACUUGGACUAUGCUAUGCAAGUGACUGAGAGCCUUGCCUUUAUUCAUUGUUGCCUCAACCCCGUGCUGUAUGCUUUUGUGAACAAACGAUUCAGGUUACACUUAAAGAAGAUUUUGGGGGCCAUCUUCAGGAGGCAGGAUUUCUUUGUUCUCCAGCGGUCUGACACAAGUCAAUCUACUAGUAGGUGCACUGACCAAGUAGAAAUGAAAAGCAUCACGAAUGUGUAAUGAAUAUUUAGAGAAUUUCGUUGCUGUACAUGUUUUAUUAUCACAUAUUGUACUGUUUCCGGCGAUGAAGUGAUGUAUGGAUAAGUAGUUGGAGCAUAGCCCUGGGAAUCACAAAAGGCCAAGAAUUAAUCCCAGCUCUAGCACUGACUCCCUCAGUUGUUUUGGGCAAAUCACAACCUGCCUCUGACUGAGUUUCUCUAUUUGCAAACUCAUGGGGAUGGUAAUAAUUUGUUGGGAGGAUUUUUCUAGAAUGGUUUAAAUAUGGAGUAAUCCCACUAAAAUUGAGAGUCAUUUUGCAUUUACACUGGUGUAUCUGAGAGCAGAAUCUGUCCCUGUCAUUGGUCACAAUGAGGUUACUCCAACAGAGUGGAAUUUGGCCCUGCAACCAGGGGUGGCUCCAAGCACCAGCACAGCAAGUGCAUGCCUGGGGUGGCAAGCCGUGGGGGGGGGGGCAUGUCAGUCACCGUGAGGGUGGCAGUCAUGCAGGCUUCGGCAGCAUGCCUGUGGGAGGUCCGCCAGUCCCGCGGCUUCGGCAGCAAUUUGGCAGUGGGUACGCCGAAGGCGCGGGACCAGCAGAUCCCCCGCAGAAACGCUGCCGAAUCCGUGUGACCAGUGGACCGCCUGCAGGCACGCCGCUAAAGGCCUCCUGACUGCCGUGCUUGGGGCAGCCCCUUCCUGCAACUAGAGUUACAAAGGGAUUACUCUGGAUUAAUAUUGGUGUAACUGGCAGCUAAAAUUUGCCUGUUGUUUGUAAAGCAUGUGGGCCCAGAUCCGGACUGCCAGAGUAUUUGGGCUCCUAACUCCCAUUGAAAUCAAAAUCACCUAAAUACCUCAGAGAACCUGGACUGUGGCAUGAACUGAGUGUGUGAGGCAGAGUGGCCUCCCUCUGAGCCUGACAGGAAACGCUCCACACCUCCUGACCGGGCAGAACCAAGCCAGCCCCGCCCUGUGCUGGAAUUGGAGGGCAGGACAGGAAGUGUAAGAGGAAGGCCUUCCAGCUUAGUUGGGCUGGAGCCAGACGUCUCUACCUUGCGGUGGGACUCUGGACCAGAUACCAAGCUGUGCAGUACCCAGGAAGAGACCAGCUGGGGCGACGAGCUGGUGGACAGUGGUCCCGUGCAUUUACCCUGAGGAGACUGAAGACCUAUGGAUGAUGGAGCCACACCAAGGAAGAGUGGUUGGAAGUAGCCAAGGGGAACCAGACAUUAGUUUGGCUGGGUGACCAGUAAACGAGUCACCAUGUUUUGGUGACUUCCCUGCUGACCCAGUGGUGGGACCGCCCAUCAUUGUUAGGGCCCUGGGCUGGGACCUGGUGGAGUAGGGGGGCUCAGGUCCUCCUACCCACUGCUGCCUACCCCACCCCUGAGGUGGGGGCCUACUCACCCCAGGCCAGAAGGCCUGUGCCUUGCCUGUGGCCUGUUGCUCUGCUCUGCUCAGAGGACUAGAGCCCCAGACUACAUUUGCUGUCUGCUCCAGCUCGAAGGAUGUAGCUAAAGACUGCUCCUUGCUCUCCCCGCCCAGAGGGGCAAGGCAAUAGAUUGUAGAUCGCUGCCUGCCGCAGCCAGGAGGUUGGGCAAUAGGCUGUGUGCUGUUCUGUCCUGAUCAGAGGGUCAGAGCCUGAGCCGUCUGAAUGACUGCUUACUGUGUGACAGAGUGAGGCAGUGUGGCCUCCCUCCAAGCCUGAUGGGGAGGGACGACCACAGAACCACCGCACUGAGCAAACUGGGUUCUAAGUAUUAUCAGUGAUGGCGUACACAAACACAUGCACAUGGAGAGAUCUGGAUUACAUACAAAUUAGCUGUCAAAUAUAGUGAAACCCGGUGUAAUGGGCUGUCCACCCCACAAGCGUGGAAGUGGUUAAUGGAGGCCAGAUGGGCCAAUUAACCUAGUAGAUUGAAUGCCGAAAGGAAAGCCCAGAUUAGAGGAACAGGCUUAUCUGUGAGGGAACAGGCAGGGCCUGUAUAAAGCCAGGUUGCUGGCUACAGAUGGGUGGUGGUUUCUGGGAAAGGCUGCUGGGAUGAAGGCUGCAGUCAUUCCGUGAGUGGAGGGAGUGGGGAGGCUGGCAAACCCAGAGAGGGGGGAAGCCAGAUAAGUAGGAAGAAGCCCAGGGAAACAGCAGAAAGAGGUAGAACUAUAAGGGACAGUGGUUGCUUGUUGUAGAGUCCCUGGGCUGGAACCCAGUGUAGAGGGUGGACCUGGGUUCCCCUAGCAGCCCCGGGGAAAUGGAAAGGGCAUUGGAGACGCCAGCCAGCCAGUGGGUCUGGAAGGGCUUUGAAUUCCCUGGAAGGGGAGGAUCUUAGUGACCCUGUCGGAAGGCAAAGCCACAAAGAGGAGACUGCAGUCCCUGGAGUGCGAGGUGUAGAGCUGAAGAAUGAAAUUGUUUCUUUUCUUUAAUUACUAUUAUUAAUAUGACUUUAUUUUGUGAACAAACGGAACUUCACUGUUUUCACAUUGUAACUCCUGUUUGCCUCCCAACAUUGUAAACUGUUCAUUACACUUGUUUUAAUAAGACUCCAUAUUGUAACUAAAACCCCAUUUUGAAAUGCUUACUCCAUUUUGCAAAACCCUGCUGUAACCUUAUUAACUUAGUUCAGAUGUGUGAAUGAGGUAUGCAUGGAUAAUGGAAUCAACCUCCAGCCCCAGACUGUCCUGAUAAAGUUAAGUGCAAACACCAGCAGCUGGAGACGCAAACAGCCCUGACAAAGUGAAAAGAGUCCACUCCAAAAGAAAAGAACAAAGGUGCAAUUGAGACAAGAUCAAAGCCAGGCCACAGGCUGAAAGUCAUGUCUGCAACUGUCGGGUGAUCAAUCACACCAAACCCAGAGGCAGCGUGACACAGCAAGACCAUCAACUCUUGAUUCAAACUAAAAGCCUAUAAAAAAGAUGAGUGAGAUGGAAGACUUUGGGUAACAUUCUGCUGCCAACAUCGAGGGGCAUUGGUGCGUGCCCGACAGAGACUCAGCCCUUCCUCGUGCCCGGCUUUCCUGGCCAGUUAGCCGCCACGAGCUACGAACCCAAGCUGCGAAAUCAAGCCAUGGACUCAAGCUACGUUCAGGACUGGUAACUGUUCAGCAGCUGCAGAACAUUUGGUGUGUGUGUGUGUGUGUGUAUAUAUAGGUAUUAGUUAUUAGCUAUUGGUUAUAGAUCAGAUUGUGUUAUCAUAAUAAAUGUGGCAUCUUGCCUUA